AUGGAGCUCCACUCCCUUGCUAAGAAGAGCAGCCAGGCUGUCCUGUGCGAUGCUGGGGACUGGCAUUCAGGAGGCCCUCCUGAUGGCCAGGCAGAUGCAGCAGCCAUCAAAGCUGCUCUCUGCUGCCAGAGACACUGUACGUCAACACCAAAAGCAGCUGAGAUUGAAGGAUCUAAACUUAGUCCUUCUCCAGCAUCCCCCUCCUCCUCUUUGCAAGACAGAGUUAUUCAGACAGACUCCUUGCCACCAGGACCUCUCAACUCAGGGAACAACCAAAUAACAGCAGGGCGGAAAGUCUGCAACUGCUGCAGCCAGGAAUUAGAAACUUCUUUUACCUGUGUGGAUGAGAAUGUCAACUUAGAGCAAAGGAACCGAUGCUCCCCUUCAGCAAAAGGGAGCAAUCACCUGGGAGACCUUGGCUGGGGAAAUCCAAACGAGUGGUCCCAUGAGGCUGCCGUAUCCUUGAUAUCCGAAGAUGAGGAUGAUGUAAGUUCGGAAGCCACAUCUUCAGGGAGGUCAGUUGACUAUGGUUUCAUCAGUGCCAUCUUGUUCUUGGUCACUGGCAUCUUGCUGGUGAUCAUCUCUUACAUUGUUCCACGGGAAGUGACUGUGGAUCCCAACACCGUGGCGGCCCGGGAGAUGGAACGCUUGGAGAAGGAGAGCGCGAGGUUGGGGGCUCACCUGGAUCGCUGUGUGAUUGCGGGACUCUGCCUGCUCACUCUUGGGGGGGUCGUUCUGUCCUGUUUGCUGAUGAUGUCUAUGUGGAAGGGGGAGCUAUAUCGUCGCAACAGGUUUGCCUCUUCCAAAGAGUCUGCAAAACUCUACGGUUCUUUCAACUUCAGAAUGAAAACCUGCACGAAUGAAAACACCCUGGAACUGUCCUUGGUAGAAGAAGACGCUCUUGAUGUACAGAGUUAAUUCUGGUUGUGAACUUCUUGAGGGUCUGUGUUAGCAUUUUCUGUGAAAACAAACCAACCAACCACUUUUCUUAAAAUUAACAGUGCAGUUUAUUUGCUUGUCAGGAAAUGCUCAUUUCACAAACCAACAGCCAGUGAGUGUUUUUGUUCUAUAUGUAUUUUUUAUUUACAAGAAAAGCUGUGUUAAGAUGCAUUAAGAAACUACAACCAGCUACACCUGUCCUUGUAAAGAGCUGAGAUUAAUUAAUCUAUAAUGGCCAUCAGCUUCUGUUUCUAUAGCAAAAUAUUUCUAACAACCAGCGUACAAAUGAUUUUUUAACAUGAUAUGGGGUAUUCUUUGGACAUUAGGAAGUCCUGCACACAGUAGGAUCAAUUAGUAACUUAUUUUGUGAAAAAGAACCUAAGCACUAAUCACAUAAUAAGGCUUACAUUUAAUUCUCAAAGGUGCUUAUCCAUUCUCUUGCUAAAUUUUUUCUUCCUCUAAUUUGGCUGAACAUUAAAAUAUAGGGUUUUGAAUUUGAAUAUUUUGAAGCUUGA